AUGCCGGCAACUCUCCGCAAGCAGCGGCAGCGCUGCCGCUGCUCGCGGAGAGGUCCGCGAGGCCUGGGCGCGCUGAUCUCAGCGCGCGCAGGCUUCGGCAUGCCGGCAACUCUCCGCAAGCAGCGGCAGCGCUGCCGCUGCUCGCGGAGAGGUCCGCGAAGCCUGGGCGCGCUGAUCUCAGCGCGCGCAGGCUUCGGCAUGCCGGCAACUCUCCGCAAGCAGCGGCAGCGCUGCCGCUGCUCGCGGAGAGGUCCGCGAAGCCUGGGCGCGCUGAUCUCAGCGCGCGCAGGCUUCGGCAUGCCGGCAACUCUCCGCAAGCAGCGGCAGUGCUGCCGCUGCUUGCGGAGAG